AAAAGAUUUCAGGAAAUGUUUGAAGAAAGUGGAUUCGAGGUAUAUAAAAGUCAGAGGUUAUUUGUAGAAUAUGUGCAGACAAAGCAACAAAAAGGAGCCAAAAAUCGAAGAGUUUCUGUGGUUGAACUAACGGAAAGAAUACGUGACAGGUAUUGGCGUGUUGAAGAAUUAGGGGACGUUGAAAGG